ACAAAACAAACUGACUUUCAAAAGAAGAUCUGUUGCAACUUCUUGUCCAAGAAACUGUACCAUGAAGUUUCAUCUACUUUUCUUUAUUCUGCUUUUUUCGAUCACAAUACUAACAGGCAAAAGGAGUUAUCCAGAGUAUGGUAGCUUGGACUUGAGGAAAGAAUGCAGAAUGAGUAAAGGUCACUGUAAACUUCAGUGCUCUGAAAAUGAAAUUAGGAUUGCUUUCUGCAUAAGACCUGGAACACACUGCUGCAUCUAGAAUUCAAGACGGAGGACGAAAAGAGACACAUGACCCAAGAAGAAGAACAAGUCUAAUUAAGUCUUCCCUGCAGGAUUUUCAAGAUAUGUGUGUCUCUUUAAAGCAAAAAUAAUUAAAUACGAUUGAAUUCUGAA